AUGAGGGUGGCCCAAUUUACCAAGUCAUUCUACAACCUAAUAGACUUCGAGUUCCAUUAUCCCGAUCAGAAAUCUCCACAGUACAAGGAUUACCGUCAAAACACCACCGACAAGUAUGGAGCAAUCACCACUGGAUUUUUAGUUGCAUUUCUCUUAUUCAUUCCGUUUGCUAAUACGUUAAUACGGCAUGGAUAUUUCCGUGGUCGUAGUAGGCAUUUGUUUCGAGGGUUUAGUCUGUGGAUAAAUCGAUUUAUACCUCGAGAUCAUCAAGGUCGAACGCUCACCUGGGUUGGAUUUGUUCUUGAAAGCAUUCGUAUUGGUGCAUUUAAAUUAUAUUUGCACGGGUCGACCAUAGUGCAAGUGUUUUUCUGGCUUUUUGUGCUUUCCGUUCUUUCGUUAUCGGAACUAUAUCAUGGUGAUCUCAUCUUUCUCGCCAAGAGACUUGGACGUAUUGCAACCGUGUGUCUUCCAACGGUACUUUUUCUCACCUUGAGACCAUCGCCACUUCCCAAUACUUUGUACCUUGCACUUUUACCCAUCCACAAGUGGCUUUCCAGACUUAUAGUUCUUCAAACGGUUCUUCAUGUGAUUCUAUAUUGUGGUUUUUUUUAUCGCAACCACACUUGGGGAAAGGCCAUUAAACCUGAAAAUCUCUACGGAUGGGCAGCAUUCACUGGCUUCAUCAUGAUGACAAUAACCUCCUUACUGAGCUUCCGCAAUCGGUUCUACAAGGUAUUUUUUUUCGAACACUACACUUGGUCCUGGAUCAUCGUUAUAACACUUCAAUUUCAUGUCCGACCAACUAAGGCAACCUUAUAUACUGCCUGCAAUAUAGCGAUAUUGUGCUCACAGAUAGUCUAUCGUCUCAGGGCUUCUAGGACAUCCCAGAACUCGAGCGAGGUUCAAAUUAUUGACGUUUCUCCCAAUAUGCUGCUCAUUGAAAUUCCCAGAAAACUUAUAGCGAACGCUCCCACUCAGCCCGGAGCACACAUAAGGUGCACCGAUUAUCAUCCCAACUGGUUGGUACGUGCGUUCAAGCAAAUUGUGCCAAACUACCAUCCUUACACAUUGGUAUCACUUCCGCUGGAUGCCACACAACGUCUAAUUGUACGAAAGAGCAACUUCAAAUUCAAGGAAAAACGAAGAUAUAUCUUCACAGGAGCCUUCGAACCUCAUCUUCUCUUUGUUUCUACAAAGCCUAAAAAAGGUCAGGACAACUUUCUCUUAUCUAGGCUCCAGGUGAAUGCGAAGAGAGUUCUUGUAAUUAUAGGUGGCUCAGCUAUCUCAUUUGCAUUACCACUUUUGCGUACGAUGAACUACCAUGGAGUCCCUACCAAAGUUGUAUGGGUGAUAAGAGACUACCGAGAUAUCAGCAUUCUUCGACACUUUGAUGGCUUUAUUCACGGCGACGAUUUCGAGAUCUUUGUCACAAGAAGUGAAAAUAACUCGAACCGAAGUCUGGUCCAUCACUCGUUCACCUACGAUGAAGAGAAUGAAGAGAUGCCAUUACUCGACCAAGAUGAAGACGACGAACAUGAAAGUGGAAUUGAACGAGAAGACGUUAACAUCGAAGUUGGAGACAUGGAAGAAACCGACGACGAUGAAGAAUGCACCGGGCUUGAAGUCACCGAGCACGAAGAUGACGAUGGUGGAAGUGCUCUGUCCAUCCAUGAAGAUCAAGGAAAUACAUCUUUGGGACGCAGAACAAGCUAUGCAAGUACCAGUGAACACUUCACCCCUACAUUAAACCAUAGCGCAUCAUUUUCCACUAGACAAGCCCACUCAACUUACUCGGAAACAGUGAAAAGAUUGAAUAUCGAAAACAAAAUCUACGAGGGCAGGCCCACUAUAAACCACAAAUAUUACAAUUGGUGUAUCAACGAGGGUUUCACACAGUGCUCUGGUCCCGUUAAAGAUGGGUCCAAUGUAGUUUGUUGCCGCGAUCUUCCCAGAGCCCAUGUUCCUAUCACAGACCGUAAAGAUGUAUGGGUAAUUUCGGCCGGACCCAAAGCACUCGUGAACAACGUCAAGGUAUGGGCAAACGAAAACGGGUUGAAUUUCCACGAAGAAGCUUUCUACGUUUAA